AUGCGCUCUGCGCUCGCCAGCGACUCGGGUGCAAUCAAUCCCACCAGACCAUCGGCGGGGAAAAAGAGGGGGAGAAGAAAGACGGCAUUACCAACUUCCGAUGACGGCGGCGCAUCAUCCUCCGGCACUGAGGUACCGGAAAAAACGAUGGCCAUCGAGGAGGUGACUCCGGUAGUUUCGGUGCCUGCUACGUCGGAAGACGCAAUGCCCGCUCCCCAGUGGGCACCAGUGAGGAGGAGGGGCGCUGUGUCACCGGCGACGUCCGUGGAGUCCAUGUCGACGUCGGCCGCGUCCCUGGCUAGCAGGGACGGGACGUUCCGGGAUCUCGACCUUGCAUUGGUUAAUUUGGGUAAGUUGCUGUCGACUGUGGCUGCCAAGGGCGCCGAGCCAGGCAGCAGUUACCGGAAACGGCUCCGGGAGGCAGCCGCUAUGGUGAGAACGAGGCUGAUCCCCACCAUGUCCAAGCUUUAUGACUUGGUAGAGAGCCGAGAGGUGGAGAGCAAGGAUCUCGUCGCUCAUUGUGACUCCAGCGAGAGUCGCAUCCCGGGAGACACCCCGGCCUUGCGAGGAGGGACUCCCUUGUUGCCGAGGCCUCCGCUGGCACGCUCUGGACCCCCCGCGGGGGCGAUGGAUACUGACGUGCACUUACGGUCGGCGGUGGGUUUGACAGCGCAAAUUCCAGAGCCCAAUCCUGUGGUCCCUGUCCCGCUAGCACCUACCCCCGCGCUCCCUCGCCCUCCACGAAGGGUUGAGUUAAGGCCUGCGCCGCCUCCGCGGAUAUCGGCCGCCCCUGCGUCUGCACGGAGAGGAAGGCUAAGCCCUGCGCCAGCGCGGGCUGAAGACAUCCGUUCGCCACUGGCGAGGAUGGUGGAUGAGUGGCCGGCGCUACCGCCGCCUCUUUCACCCUCGCGUGCUGCGGGAUUGCAGGCUCGCGGGCCACACAACACGGCUGCUGGGAUAGAAGAGGUGGACUACUCCCUCCCAAGCAGAGAGGAAAUGGUGGCCUGUAUCUCGCGGGCGGUGGCGGUUGAGGUCAGCAAGCACUUUGCCGGCCUCGAGGAGAUACUCCGCUCUUUGAUUGGUUCCGGAGAUUGCGUCCCGGCGCCAACAACCGCAGGCGCCCCGCGGGGUCAGGCCGCCCGGCCGACCUCUACCCCCACGCCAUCCGCGAGGUUGGCCCGGCGUAGAGGCCGGGACCAGAAUAACAAGGGUACGGGUGCCCAGAAUCGUGCCCCGAAAUCCCAACCCCGUCCCCUUCCUGCUCCCCCGUCAAGCAUGGACGAGGGCUGGACGGAAGUGGUGAAGCGGGGCAAGAAAGCUAAGCAGCAGACAGCGGCUCUGGCAGCUCCCAGAGGGGGUCGAGCGCCAACUGCGGCAGCCCGAAGCACAGAGCUGGCGGCCGUGGUUGCUCCUCGUGAGAGUCGAGCACUGGCAACCAGGAAGCAGAACGGCAAAAAGAAGAAGCCGCGCGCAACGCGGUCGGCUGCCGUCGUAGUGACGUUGCUACCGGCCGCCGCCGAAAAGGGCCUCACCUAUAAUGACGUGAUGGCCCGAGCGCGCGCGGCUUCUAGAUAA